UUUAUCCGGCUUUGAGACUCCUCGUCGUUGGAGCAACGAUGGCAAGCGCUGCUGCUAAACAAGCGCCUAAAAUUACCCCCAAAACAUCCGCGGGAGGCACCGGGGCAGCGGGGGUUAGCGGUGGGCCCCCAAUAAUGCCCCUCGCCUCGCCGCUCAUGGGGAAAAAGAAGAAGCCGUUCCUGGGGAUGCCCGCUCCGCUGGGCUACGUCCCCGGUCUCGGCAGAGGUGCAACUGGUUUCACCACUCGAUCUGAUAUUGGUCCUGCUCGAGAUGCCAAUGAUCCAGUGGAUGACCGACAUGCACCCCCAGGGAAGAGGACGGUUGGGGACCAAAUGAAGAAGAACCAGGACGAUGAUGAUGAAGAUCUGAACGACACCAACUAUGAUGAGUUUAAUGGAUAUGCAGGUAGCUUGUUUUCCAGCGGGCCCUAUGAGAAAGACGAUGAAGAAGCAGAUGCUAUAUAUGCAGCACUGGACAAGAGGAUGGAUGAAAGACGCAAAGAAAGAAGGGAGCUGAGAGAAAAGGAAGAAAUUGAGAAAUAUCGUAUGGAGCGACCCAAAAUCCAGCAGCAGUUUUCAGAUCUUAAGAGGAAGUUGGCAGAGGUGUCAGAGGAGGAGUGGCUGAGCAUCCCUGAAGUGGGAGAUGCAAGGAACAAGCGCCAAAGGAAUCCACGCUAUGAAAAACUCACGCCUGUCCCUGACAGCUUCUUCUCCAAACACCUGCAGACCGGAGAGAACCACACCACCGUGGACCCUCUGCAAGGGCUGGGAGGUCUGAACACCCCUUACCCAGGAAGUAUGACACCUGGUCUGAUGACGCCAGGAACAGGAGAGCUGGACAUGAGGAAAAUCGGUCAGGCCAGGAACACACUCAUGGAUAUGAGGCUCAGUCAGGUAUCUGACUCAGUGAGCGGACAGACAGUGGUGGAUCCUAAGGGUUACCUGACAGAUCUCAACUCUAUGAUCCCCACACAUGGAGGAGACAUCAGUGAUAUCAAGAAGGCUCGUCUGCUGCUGAAAUCAGUGAGGGAGACCAAUCCCCAUCACCCACCUGCCUGGAUUGCCUCUGCCAGGCUGGAGGAGGUAACUGGCAAACUGCAGGUGGCAAGGAACCUGAUCAUGAAAGGCACCGAGAUGUGUCCUAAGAGCGAGGAUGUAUGGCUGGAGGCAGCUCGACUCCAGCCUGGGGACACAGCCAAGGCCGUGGUAGCCCAGGCUGUCCGCCACCUGCCGCAGUCCGUCCGUAUCUACAUCAGAGCUGCAGAGCUGGAGACAGAUGUCAGGGCCAAGAAACGAGUCCUCAGGAAGGCCCUGGAGAAUGUGUCCAAGUCAGUUCGACUGUGGAAGACAGCUGUUGAGCUGGAAGAGCCAGAGGAUGCCAGGAUCAUGCUUAGCCGAGCUGUGGAGUGUUGCCCUACUAGUGUCGAGCUGUGGCUGGCACUGGCCCGGCUAGAAACGUAUGAGAAUGCUCGUCGUGUCUUGAACAAAGCUCGAGAGAACAUUCCCACUGAUCGUCACAUCUGGAUCACUGCUGCCAAGUUGGAGGAGGCCAAUGGCAACACUCAGAUGGUGGACAAGAUCAUUGACAGAGCCAUCACUUCACUACAUGCCAACGGUGUGGAGAUCAACAGAGAGCAGUGGAUACAGGAUGCAGAGGAGUGUGACAAAGCCGGCAGUGUGGCUACCUGCCAGGCUGUGAUAAGGGCGGUCAUAGGGAUUGGCAUCGAGGAGGAGGACCGUAAACACACCUGGAUGGAGGAUGCAGAGAGUUGUGUGGCCCAUGGAGCGCUGGAGUGUGCCCGGGCCAUCUAUGCCCACGCUCUGCAGGUGUUUCCCAGUAAAAAAAGUGUCUGGCUUAGAGCUGCAUACUUUGAGAAGAACCAUGGAACCAGGGAAUCUUUGGAGGCCCUGCUCCAGAGGGCUGUGGCUCACUGCCCCAAGGCAGAGGUCCUGUGGCUGAUGGGAGCCAAGUCCAAGUGGCUGGCUGAGGAUGUGCCUGCAGCCAGAAGUAUCCUCGCUCUGGCCUUCCAGGCUAACCCAAACAGUGAAGAGAUCUGGCUUGCUGCUGUGAAACUGGAGUCUGAGAAUAAUGAGUAUGAAAGAGCCCGUCGACUGCUGGCCAAGGCCCGCAGCAGUGCCCCAACAGCCAGGGUAUUUAUGAAGUCAGUGAAGUUGGAGUGGGUGUUGGGAAACAUAGAAGCUGCCCAGGAGUUGUGCACCGAGGCCCUGAAACACUAUGAGGACUUCCCAAAACUUUGGAUGAUGAGAGGCCAGAUAGAGGAGCAGUGUGAAAACAUGGACAAGGCAAGAGAGGCCUACAACCAAGGGUUGAAAAAGUGUCCCCACUCGGUGCCCCUGUGGUUGUUGCUGUCUCAUCUUGAAGAGAGAGUGGGGCAGCUGACUAGAGCCAGAGCAAUCCUGGAGAAGGCACGACUCAAGAACCCCCAGAGCCCUGAGCUAUGGUUGGAGUCAGUCAGACUGGAGUUCAGGGCUGGACUGAAGAACAUUGCCAACACACUGAUGGCCAAAGCCCUGCAGGAGUGCCCCAAUUCAGGUAUCCUGUGGGCUGAGGCUGUGUUUUUGGAGGCCAGGCCCCAGAGGAAGACUAAGAGUGUGGAUGCUUUGAAGAAGUGUGAACAUGACCCCCACGUCUUGCUCGGUGUCGCCAAGUUGUUUUGGAGUGAGCGUAAGAUCACCAAAGCCAGAGAGUGGUUCCUCAGGACGGUAAAGAUUGAGCCAGACCUAGGAGAUGCUUGGGCUCUCUUCUACAAGUUUGAGCUGCAACAUGGCACAGAGGAACAGCAGGAAGAGGUGCGAAAGCGCUGUGAGAAUGUGGAGCCCCGCCAUGGAGAGCUGUGGUGUGCCGAGUCCAAACAUGUCCUGAACUGGCAGAAGAAGACAGGAGAGAUCUUAGCACUGGUAGCCAGCAAGAUCAAGAACACAUUCUGAGACUCGGGAAAUCUGGACUGAAAACAACCAGAGGUCUCUUGUCACAAAUCUAGGAGCCAACAGCUAUGGACAUGCUCAAACAUUGUUCUCCGGCUGGACUUGCCCCAUCUCUGGAUCAUAUAAAGUAUUCACACAUACCCCCUUACCUUUUUCAUGGUUUAUUGUUUUACAAACUUAAAUCACAUUUGUUGUAAUUCCCAAUAGAAAACGAUGAUUUAAUGUCAAAGUGAAAACCAAUCUGUACACAUUUGUAUUGAACUACCAAUAUAAAACUAAAAAUCACUCAUUGCCCACUUCAAUUGAAUAUGUAGUAGCAACAUGUUUGGCAGCAAUUAAAACACUGGGUUUUGUGGACUGGGUUAGGACUCAGCUACUUCAGAGCAUUCAUAAAGGGGGUUAACAGUUACUGGCAAUCAUUUAUUUUGUUUUAAUUUUUUAAGAAAUUUUGGAUGAAUUUGUUUAUCUGUUUUCACUUUUAUAUUAGUCUGUUUUUCUGCUGAUUGGUGUCACAAAUUCAAUUUUCAGUCACUGUGGUUGUGUGAAAAAUGUAAAAGAAUAAACAUGAAAAAGCAGAAAUACUUUCAGUAGUCACUGUAAGAGAGACAUAUACCAAACACACAAUGUGAUUCCACAUUUAACAGUAUGUUUGGGCAGGCCCAUUUCGGUAUCUAAUGAUCAGUUGUUAGCACCUCUGCCAAGGAAGUUGUGUCUUUACCUGUAACUGUUUAUUUGUGAACAGGAAUGCGCAAAAAGUACUGAACCAUUUGCAGCAAACUUGGUGUAGGGAUGGGGUGGGGGCCAGGGAAGAACCCAUUACAUUUUGGUUCGGAUCGGGUUACAGAGGUACAUCUAGGAUUUAUUUUUUAUUUUCACUCUCCUUAACACUUCCAGAUAGGGCAGGGAGGUAUGCGCUCUACUGAGUGCCAGUCUAGUUGUCUAAAUCUGUGUUUGUUAUAAAAACAAACAAACUCAAAACAUCUUAUUUGAGAGGAAUUUUAUUUUUGUGUCUUGUCCAUGUGGAUAUGUAAGAGGUGCAGAUUUGGCUCUGUUCAACAAAAUGUGACUGUGUAUGUAAACUCUGUCAGGGACAAAUACGCGUUGUAGUAGUAAUGACCUUGUUUUUUUUUUUUUUAAACAGCUUGCUUGAAUUGUAUUUCAAAACACUUGGCAGGAAUCCAAUAA